AUGGGAGCCUCGGAGUCGAAGUUGGUCUUCAAGCAGGGAAUCUUCCGUCUGUCGGAGGAGAAGGACAUUCCUGCUGAUGAUCCUUACUGGUCCAGAUUCUGGGAGCUCCCAGAGUCGACAGAAGAUGUAUUCAGCUUAUUCACCCCCGCAGAUAUACGACGGACGCGCGACCAUGCAGUACCUAAUUUGGAGACACUAUUGCUUUCAAUAACCUCUCGUCUUACCUUUCUGAAGAAUCAUCCGUCUUUUCCAGAUCCCGACCUCGCUCCCGAGAGAGACCUUCUCAACUGUAUCCGCAUACUCACGCGCAUCCUUCCCUUCAUCUACGAGGCUGAGCACCUAGAAGAAUGGGAGGAGAAAUUCUUUUGGGGUCGACGGAAGAAGAAUACUAGAGGAGCUCGACCGGGGGCAGAAGUCCUAUUUGAUGAAGCGCAGGCUGAAGGACGCCAGGAGGAGACGUUGCCUGGGACUAAUGAAUACGAAGAUGUGAAGCCCUUGGCCGAGGAAUUGAUUGACAACCUGUUGGAUCUUUUAUUCUAUACGGACUUUACGAUCCCAAAGCUCCCAACGGCUAAGGGUAAGAUAUCAUACUCGAUAUGGCAAAGUGGUGUCGGCUGCAAUACUUCGAUGGGCUCCAGCAAAGAGCUCGAAAGCAACCGGUGCGAGAUUUUGCGACUAUUGCUUACAUUGACUGGAAAGGCAAUGUACAUGCCGCUCAGUCUCCUACCUGUUCAGGGUGUUAAGGCCAUUACCUACAUUGCAACCUGCCCUGACAAGCAAGUUGUCCUCACAUUGCUGUGCUCAUUGCUAAAUACUUCUAUCAAGUACAAUCCUGCGUCAUGGAGGGUUCCAUAUGACCAUGUGGUCUGGAAAGACUCCAAGCAGAUCUUGGUUAUAUACUGUCUACAAUUUCUUCUUGUUCUCCUCCUAUAUCCUAUCCCAGAGGACGGUCGUGGGACACCGCCGAAGAACUAUUAUCGCCAUUACUUCGGUCGGCUGCACCGACCGCAAGACUUUCAAUUCCUUGUCGAUGGCAUGACCAGAAUCCUGAACCAACCUAUGCAAGUCACGAAUUCUUACCUUCCCGGCAGCCAGAAGUCUAUCAAAUGGGCUCCAGAAAUGCUCAUUUUGUUCUGGGAGGCCCUUCAGUGCAACAAGCGAUUCAGGUCAUUCAUCAUUGACUCAAGUCGCUCCCAUGACUUUGCCAUUCUCUGUAUCUUUUACGCUAUCGAAUACAAAUCUGACGCAUCCAAGCAAGGCGUUGUGAGAAUGUGCAUCUUUAUUUUACAGACUAUGAGUGUCGAACGGAAUUUUGGAAAAAGUCUCAACAUGAAAUUUGAGGCUCAGGAGACGUUACCUCAGAACAUUCGUAUUCCGGGCUUCAAGGGUACCUAUGGUGACUACCUGGUUAUGUCCAUCCAUACUCUGCUUACCGCAAGCAAAGGCAAGCUGAAUGCUGUCUAUCCAGCACUCUUAGCGAUCAUCAACAACGUGGCUCCUUACCUAGAACAUCUCUCACCAGCCACAUGCUCCAGGCUUCUGCAGCUCUUCUCCUCGAUGUCCGCUCCCAGUUUCCUCCUAGCUAACGAAACGAACCAUGUCCUCCUAGCCUCAGUGCUUGAAUCCAUAAACUCGAUACUUGAACACAAAUUCACCAAAAACCCGUUCCUAGUAUACGCUAUUCUAAAAUACAGGAAACGUUUUGAAGCUGUCCGAGCCUUCACUCUCGAAAGUGGACAGCAAGAGAUUGAACGGCAAAAUGAAAGGAGGAAAGCUGAAGCUGCAUCUCGCGACUCUUCCUCUAGCCCUACCCUGUCGCAGGCUGAAGAGGAUCCUCAUGUGUCGUCAGGAACACGCUCGCCUUUGACCCGUAUUCCCGAAGAGAAUAGCCCUUUCGCUAUUGGCGGUGACGAAUCGGAUGACCAACAUGACGGGCAAGACACGCCGUCGCAGUCUUCUCCCUCCGCGCAAAACUCAAGAAGGCCGUCGACAUCAUCAGCUAUCGAUGAAAGUGUCCCUCUACAACUGCGGGGAAUGUCUGAGAAAGCCAGAGGUAAGAUGCCUGCUGGGCAGCCAUCGUUCUCCCGGCAGAACAGCAUCACCAGUCAAAGUAGCAUGUCCGCCAUGUUCUCCACUUCCAGCGGUUUUACGCCGACUGUUGCUUGGUUGGAGUCAUGGCUACCAGAGCUUCCUCUUCACACUAUCCUCACUAUCAUUUCGGCCAUUGCUCCCCACAUCCCGGAUUCGGCUUUCCAGGCCGCAUCGAGCCCGGAAGCUCGCACUUUAAUUGCGAAUCUUCCCUCCUUUGCAGAAGAGCCCACAAUUCAAGGGCUACUAUCAGAGCCUUCGCCUGUACGGGUACAUUCUUUUGAAUGGUCAGCCCUGUCCUUGGGUUGGUAUGAGUCUUUGCUUUGGGGUUUCAUCUUCUCCAGUGAGAUGGUAGUUGGCACAGCAUCUGGAGCUACGCCCGGCACUGUUGGCGUGUGGAACGGAACAGGAAUCAAACUCUUCAGGGUCCAGGAGGCGGCCGCGCAAGGUCCAAGUUUGCUCGCUCCGAAAGGCGCAGUCGACGCUGUUGGAAGCAACUUGGUGCAGCGCAUCGGGAAUUUGAGUCUCAGGCGCAGUAGUACACAGGACUCCCAGAGCGGCUCAAGACCACCAUCUGUUCGAGAAGUAUAG